AGGACAGGCAGUCAGAUUAAACCAUAAAAUGACAAUGAUAUAACAUAUAGAUAUAAUAAGAGAUAACGCGUAUAAACAACAAUAAUUUAUUAAAGAGAUUUGUAGCACUUUUAAUAGCAUUGACUGCAUUAAACAAUUGUACUUCGCAUACGUAGCAUAUUGGAGUAUUCAUCUAGCAUUUGGUACUCUUAAUGUGUAAUACGUAUUAUGCUAAUGGUAGAUAUAUUUUAUAUCCGCCUGGAUAGCGACCACCGUACACAAGGUGAAACCCGCCAUAAUGGUCCACUAUACCUAGGCCAAGCACUAUGCGGUUACAUCGCCGGAUGGCCAUCAAAUGUCAUCAUAAAACUUCAAGACCCGGAACAAACGCCGCUGCCUGAAGUCUUGGACGACUCAGAAGCAUUCUUAAUAGGAACUCUAAGCUUCGUUGGUGUCGUGAGUUGCGGCGUAGCUGGUUAUUUAUCAAACCUCAAGGGCAGAGUGCCAUGUCUCCUACUCGGUACUAUGCUGUGUUCAAUCGGCUUCCUUCUCAAGGCCCUGGCCGGUAACCUAGCCAUGAUCUACGUUGGCAGAUGCUUCGCAAGUCUUGGCGUUGGAAUAAUAUUCGUCCUCAACUUGGUGUAUCUCGCCGAAAUAUCAUCUACAAACAUAAGAGGAAUAUUUCUCGUCGGCACAGGUGUAUCUAACUCUUUCGGGAUGUUGAUUGGAUACAUAGUUGGAGGGUUCACGUCGUACGCGGUGACGGCAUGGUUUGGUUUCGGUCUAGCAGUCGGGUUUUGUGCUACAUUAUUCAUUAUACCAGAAACACCAUAUUUCUACCUUUUGAAACAUGAAGAAGAUAUAGCCAGAGACGUACUAAUUAGUCUGGGAAGAGAAGAUGAUGUCAAAGAAAUUUUAUCUACAAAAUUGCCCGAACCUGUAGGAAUGCUGGAGGGAUGGACUGAAAUUUUCAGCGUAAAGAGUAAUAGGAAAGCUGUUACCAUCACAGUAACUCUGAUGACGUUGCAACAAAUGAGCGGUGUGAUGGUCGUGUUAUUGUUUGCCACAUCUAUCUUCGAAUUGGUUAACUCCUCAUUAGAAUCUCACAUUUCCACAAUUAUAAUUGGAGUUACUCAACUCUGUGCCAGUUGCAUCACUCCGAUAUUCAUUGAGCGAUCUGGCAGAAGAAUACUUUUGCUUCUAACAACUGCUGUAUGCUCUUUAUGUUUGAUAUUGUUGGGUCUUUACUUCUACCUCGCCCACAUUGACCAUCCGUCGACGGAAUCCAUACAAUGGUUGCCAUUGGUAACGCUUAUUAUCUACCUCAUGUCUUAUAACUUUGGUUUUGGCAUAAUUCCUGGAACGUUCAACGGAGAGAUGUUUGAUACAAAAGUGAGAGGCCCUGGGGCGCUUUUUAGUACUUCCGUCAGUUGGAUGGUUGGUUUAGCAGUCUCUUUUACCUACAACAUCAUGGUCGAAAAUUGGGGCAGCUAUACAACAUUUUGGAUUUACGCUGCUAUGUCUGCAAUAGCUUGUCUUUUCACAGCUGUAUAUGUACCAGAAACUAAGGGUAAAAGUUUAGAAGAGAUAAAAGAGAUGUUAAGUAAAUAAUUAAGUAUGUUAAAAUGAGGCUAUUUUUCGGAUUUGAUCGCGAUUUUAAAAAACGUUUUUGUUUAAAACCGCUAUAAAAUUCGUAAAAGCUUUAUUUCAAUGUCUAACUUCCGCGUAAACAUCAAAAGUAACUAUAAAAAUAUAUUUUAUAAGACUAUUUAAUUUAUAUAACUGUUUUUGCAUUUGUGCCUUCAUAAGUUAAUAUUUAUUUUCUACUUAUAAUUUCCGAUUUAGCAUUUUGUAUUUAUUUUUUAUUGUCACAAAUACUUGGAUUAGUUACACACAGGUAUAUGUUUGUGUAUUACAUUAGGGCACAUGGUUGUAGUAUAGUGUUUUUAGGUAAUAAUUAAGAAAUUGUAUUUUUAUUGUUUUCCAUAGCUUUAACAUGUUUUGUAUUAAUAAUAAAUACAAUAAAAUAUUUCACAUAA